CAGCUGUUGUUGGUGGCCCGCUCCCGCUUGUGAAUCAGCUGAAAAGCGUAAUUAUUUUUCCGUUUUCUUAUUAUGGAGAAUAUAUCAAAAGUAUGGCUGGGACCACUGCCGGCGGACUCCCCUUACGUGAAGCCAUUUCGCAUGUAUUACGUUCAAAAUGGAAAGGAGAAGAAUUGGGAUUUGCUGAAAGUUCACGAUAGUGUAGCAAUUAUUCUGUAUAACACAAGUUCCAAGAAAUUGGUUCUGGUGCGUCAAUUCCGGCCAGCUGUUUAUCAUGGAAUUAUUACGAGCGAGCAAGGGAACUUUGAUAAUGUCGAUCUAAAAGCAUUUCCGCCCUCACUCGGUGUGACCUUGGAGCUGUGCGCUGGCAUUGUGGACAAGUCAAAGAGCUGGCAAGAGAUAGCACGAGAGGAAGUCCUAGAAGAGUGUGGCUAUGAUGUAGCAUUGGAACGUAUUGAAGAAGUUAUGGUCUAUAGAUCUGGUGUGGGCUCGUCAGGAGCCAAACAGGCUAUGUACUAUUGUGAAGUCACCGAGGCCGAUCGAGCGACAGUCGGCGGUGGGGUAGAGGAUGAAAUCAUUGAUGUUGUGGAACUUCCAUUGGACGAGGCUCGUCGCAUGAUUCAGAAAGGAGCCCACAACAAUAGUCCGCCCAGCUGUCUUAUGGGUCUCAUGUGGUUCUUUGCCAACAAAGCUCCAGCCAAUGUAUAGACACUGAGAUAAAAUCUAAACACACACUCCAAACACACACAUACACAGAUAAGAUACAGCACUAGCCAGUGAUAAGCUGCGGAUUACUAUCAGCUGCCUUCAUAUUCUUUCCAAAAGCCUCCCGAGUCUAUGUAAAUGUUAUAUUUUCUUACUUGAGAAUAAACACACAUACAUUCAA